AUGCCUGCACCCGCAAGACAGGAAGAGCUUGAAAAACGAAAUGCACCUACAAGGAGACAACCCAGCGCACCUGGAGAAUCCUCGAGCCAGGGUGUAGAUAGAAGACAUGUAGGUCCCCAAUUUGAUAUCGAUAUGGAAGAAGGUGAAAUGAGGGAAGAGGGUCAUAGAAGUCAGGCGGGAUAUUUAAGCCAGGAAAGACAUUCAAGCCAGGCAGGACAAUCAAGCCAGGCAAAACAUUCGAGCCAGGCAAGACAUUCAAGCCAGAUCGGACGUCCAAGCCAGAAAAGACAUUUAAGCCAGACAGAUUUUGCACAACAAACAGAAAAUGCAAGACAAUUAGAGCAUGCCAAGGAGGACGAACGCAGAAGACCAACACAAGAUGCAAACCAGCGAGUGAAUAGCGAGAAUGAUAGAACCAAGGAACAGCGUGAGCGGGAACACAUCACGGAGAUGUCAGCGACAAUGAAAGCGAAAGCGAAAGAAUUCAGAGCCAACAUGAGCGAGACUACACCGCGGAGGUAUGACGAGGAUGAGGACGAGGAUGAUAGAAUCCGGAGCCAGCUUGAGGGGGAACAAAAAGCGGAAGAAGCACGGGAAGAAGCACGACAAAUACUGGCACGUCUAAGGGAAAGACUGGAGUCCAGAUAG